AAAAUAAAAUAGCAGCAGCUUUGUCACUUUCUUCUUCUUCUUAGCCAUAAAGAAAAACUCUCCAAGUAUCAGCUUCCUUUUUUUUCUGUUUAAUCCUUUAUUUCUAGCAAAAUAAAACAACACCAUAAAGAAAAAAAGAAUUUUUGUUAACCCCAUAUAGUUGAAAUAUGAGCAAUCUUUAGUGAAUACUGAUUCUUGAUUGUGUUGUUGUUGUUGUUGUAAACUUGUUGUAAUGGAGUUAAUGGUCCCAACUAAGCAAACCCAUGAAGGUUUUUGCUCAUUUCAGUCUAGUUUUAAGGAAAUCAGUGUUGGUGGUUGUAGUAAUAAUAGGAGGUUCAACAACAGUAGUUUACUUGUGUGUCAGUUGAGUAAACAUAGACAAGAUAAGGUUUUUGCUAUUUCAAGAAUUGAGAAAAGGGCAGAUUUUGAUGGAUUUGUGAGUAGUAAUAGGAAGUUUAAGAACAGUUUGCUUGAGGGGCAGUUGAGUAAACACAGACAAAAUGAGGUUUUUGCUGUUUCAAGAAUUGAGAAAAGGACAGAUUUUGAUGGAUUUGGGAGUAGUAAUAGGAGGUUUAAGAGUAGUUUGAUUGAGGGGCAGUUGAGUAAACAUAGACAAGAUAAGGUUUUUGCUAUUUCAAGAAUUGAGAAAACGAGAAAUCUUGAUGGAUUUGAGAGUUGUCAUAGGAGUUUGAAGAGUAGUUUGCUUGAGGGGCAGUUGAGGAAAGACAGACAAAGUAAGGUUUUUGCUGUUUCAAGAGGUGUUGAGAAAAGGGGUUGUGUUAAAGGGAGCAAUAUAUUUGAAAAUCUUGAAGAAUUUGAGGGUAAUGAUAGGUGGUUUAAGAGUGGUUUGGUUGUGGGGCAGUUGAGGAAGGACAGAGGUAAUAAGGUUUUUGCUAGUUCAAGAAGUGAGAUUUUAGGGGCGACGAAUGGUAGGUUGUCGAGUGUGGAGAAAAGGGGGUUUGUUGAAGGGAACAAUGUAUCUGAAAAUAUUGAAGAAUUUGAGAGUGAUGAUAGGAGGUCUAAGAGCAGUUUUGGUAUUUCAAGAAGUGAGACUUUAGGGACGACGAAUGGUAGGUUGUCGAGUGUUGAGAAAAGGGAGCAUCUUGAAGGGAGCAACGUAUCUCAAAGUCUUGAAGAAUUUGAGAGUAAUAAUUAUCUUCGUCGGUUGGUUAGAAAUGGGGAAUUGGAAGAAAGUUUUAAGCAUCUUGAGAGUAUGGUGUAUCGGGGGGAUACACCUGAUAUUAUUCCGUGUACGAGUUUGAUUCGUGGUUUUUGUAGAUUUGGGCAAACGAAGAAGGCUACGAGGGUGUUGGAGAUUCUUGAGGAUUCUGGGGCUGUUCCUGAUGUUAUUACUUACAAUGUGUUGAUUAGUGGUUAUUGUAAGUCGGGAGAAAUUGAUAAUGCAUUGAAGGUCUUGGAUCGAAUGAGUGUUGCACCUGAUGUUGUCACGUACAAUACUAUUUUGCGUAGCUUAUGUGAUAGUGGGAAAUUGAAACAAGCUAUGCUUGUUCUUGACCGUAUGUUGCAGAGAGAGUGUUACCCCGAUGUGAUUACCUACACGAUUUUAAUCGAAGCAACGUGUAAGGAAAGUGGCGUGGGGCAAGCAAUGAAGCUGUUGGAUGAAAUGAAGAGUAAAGGAUGUGUACCUGAUGUGGUCACGUACAAUGUUCUUAUAAAUGGGAUUUGUAAAGAAGGGAGAUUGAAUGAAGCAAUCAAGUUUCUGAAUAAUAUGCCAUCUUACGGUUGCCAUCCUAAUGUGAUUACCCACAAUAUAAUUUUGCGUAGUAUGUGUAGUACAGGUAGGUGGAUGGAUGCCGAGAAACUGUUGGCUGAUAUGGUUAGAAAAGGAUGUUCUCCUAGCGUUGUCACGUUUAACAUCUUGAUCAAUUUUCUAUGUCGGAAGGGACUGUUGGGACGGGCUAUUGAUUUAUUGGACAAGAUGCCUAAGUAUGGUUGUACUCCAAACUCGUUGAGUUAUAAUCCAUUGCUUCAUGCAUUCUGCAAAGAGAAGAAAAUGGAUAGAGCGAUCGAGUAUUUGGAAGUUAUGGUGAGUAGAGGUUGUUACCCUGAUAUUGUGACGUAUAACACAUUGCUCACGGCUUUAUGCAAAGAUGGUAAGGUUGAUGUUGCAGUUGAAAUCCUCAAUCAACUAAGCAACAAAGGUUGUUCUCCGGUUCUAAUCACUUACAAUACAGUGAUCGACGGACUAUCCAAAGUUGGGAAAACUGAACUUGCGAUUGAACUGCUGAACGAAAUGCGAGAGAAAGGUCUCCAACCUGAUAUAAUUACCUAUUCCUCGCUUGUAUCAGGUCUAAGUAGGGAAGGAAAAGUCGACGAAGCCAUUAAGUUCUUUCAUGACUUAGAAGGAUUGGAUGUCAGACCCAAUGCUAUAACCUACAAUGCCAUUCUGUUGGGACUGUGUAAAGGUCGCCAAACAGAUCGUGCAAUUGACUUCUUGGCUUAUAUGAUUUCAAAGGGAUGUAAACCUACCGAGUCUACGUACACUAUUCUAAUCGAAGGCAUUGCUUAUGAAGGCUUCGCCGAGGAGGCUUUGGAGUUAUUGAACGAGUUGUGCGCUAGAGGAGUCGUGAGGAAGAGUUCUGCUGCACAGGUGGUAGUUAAGAUGUAGUUUUUAAGCAUACUUUUUUUAUGUUUACUGUUAAUUUCGCAUCGAUAUGUAAACAAUUUUUUUCUCUGUUGGCUAGAAAUAUCAAGUGGAAGUUAAUUUUGUUUGAUAUAAUGAUCAUAAUCCUUUGUUUCA